AUGGACGACGGAGGGGUGGAUGGACACAUGGACGAUGGAGGGGUGGAUGGACACAUGGACGAUGGAGGGGUGGAUGGACACAUGGACGAUGGAGGGGUUAAUGGACACAUGGACGAUGGAGGGGUGGAUGGACACAUGGACGAUGGAGGGGUGGAUGGACACAUGGACAAUGGAGGGGUGGGGGUUAAUGGACACAUGGACGAUGGAGGGGUUAAUGGACACAUGGACGAUGGAGGGGUGGAUGGACACAUGGACGAUGGAGGGAAGACCAAGUUCACCUUCCUGCGCUGUGCCAUCCUGCUGCGGUGGGAGUUCCGGAAGGAGCUGUUCAGCAAGUUGGCGUGGGGCCACGGGCUGGGCGCCGAGAACGACGUCUUCGUGUACAUGGUGGAGAGCAACUUUGGCAGCUACCACCAGUUUCUCAUGCAGGCCUUAGUGUACCUGCAGAGCCCCCACCAGAGCCUGAAGCUGGCAGCCAUGAAGUUCAUCGGGGAGAUGCUGCAGGAUUACUUCACUGACCUCUGCUUCUACUUGAAGAAGGGCGACGUGAGGAUCCUGAGGAAACACUUUGAGAUCCUCAAGCAGGACCAGGACCGCAGGUGCCGCAGGUUCUACCUGAGCUUCUCGGAGGACAUCACGGAACUGUCUCACUUUGUGACCUGAGUUGCUGGCCCUGCGGCCGGCUCGAGUGUGUUGUCGUUCUCGUUGUUUCGUUGUGGUUGUUGCUGCCGUUGAGCUCUAUCUUUAUUAAAUGCUGGCAUGGCC